AUGUCCUUAUCUGGCGCGCCCGCAAAUGAAGACAGCGAUAGCUCGCUUCCUCCUGGAUUCAGGUUCCAUCCCACAGAUGAGGAGCUCCUCUCCUUCUACCUACCCCGCAAAAUCGGCAACCAGCCCAUCCCGCUGAACGCGAUCGGCGACAUUGACAUGUACGGAUUCGAGCCCUGGGAGCUUCCAGGAAAGGCGAUGGUGUCGCUUAACGGUAGCGAUGAGUGGUUCUUCUUCGCGUCGCGCGACCGAAAGUACCUCAUGGGCACGCGCGCCAAUCGGAUGACGUCAUCCGGCUACUGGAAGGCCACGGGGAAAGACCGCCCCGUGUACGCCUCGCGCAAGGAGGGGAACGAAUCCCAAGGCGGCCGGGAGGAGGGCGAGUCGGUUAAAGAUGCCAAAAGCGGACGCAUUGUCGGGUAUAAGAAGGGCCACGUGUUCUACAAAGGAAGGGCGCCGCGGGGGGAGAAGACGGCUUGGGUGAUGCACGAGUACCGCCUCGUAGAAUCUAGUGACGACCCGGAAUCGCUGAUCGGUAGUACCGUUGAGGAAGCUUCGCAUGGUGGCGCCGUUAGUGGCAAGUCAAGUGAGGGCGGUAGGAAAGCAGCGUCGGGACGAGCGGGGGUUCCUCCCACGGCAACACAGCGACAGAAGCAGCAGCUACAGCUACUGCAGCAGCAGCAGCAGCAGCAGCAGCAGGGGACGUCGACGUGGGUGGUGAUUCGCCUCUACAAACGCGAUGCGAUCCCGUUUCAGGGCGACGCGGCGAAGCGAAGCAAGCUGGGCAAUCUGAGGAAGGGACUUACAUCAUCGCACCACGUCAAGUCGAUGUCCCUGCCUUCGUCCCCGCAGGAACUCGCGUCCGCCAAGUCGUGGCACGCUUUGGACUCCCUCGAUGAUGGUGUGGAUGCGGAAUCCGGGGAGGAUGACGCCACCGCUGCCGAGGAGAGUGAUGGGAUGAAUGCGGCGCCUGUAGUAGCGUAUGGCGAAGGACCCACUGACGCGGAUCUACUGCAUGGUAGUAGCAGAUUCGUGACGCGAGUUACUACCGCAAGCUCUGACAUCGUUGGCAGGCACAGCGAGGAGGGUACAUUCUCCGGAGAUGACGGGAGAAUCAGUGGAGUGAAAAGUGCGGGGGAGGCUAGUAACAUUUGGAUGAGGAUGGACAGUGACGGAGGGAGCGCUCCUGACAGUGGACUCUUCUCAACGGAACCACGAAAUGCGACCGCUCAGCCGCAACUUGCGAUCACUGCAAGUGGCAGCAGCGAGAACCCACCAACCUGGAGCUAUCAUGGGUCAAUGCCGGUGGCAAGAGUGCCAUCGGCUCACACCAUCGCGUCCUUGGAAGCGCUUCUGCUGGCAGAUGAUAAUCCCGAUGUCACGGAACAUAACGAUGGGCCGUCGGGAGUAGCUGGCGCUCAAGAGGGCUAUGAAACCGCAUCAGUUGCUCUCCUGCCAGGGGUGCAGUUCUCCACUCCGCAGGAGCAGCUUGACAAGGAAGUCGCCGAAGCGCUGCAGCAAGUGUCUCACAUGCCUCACUUGUCUCAGAUACACACGACAACAGAACCAUCCAACCUGGCCUCCCUCCUAUUCGCAAACCUUGCAUCGCCUCCUGUCUUCCAGUCCGUCCCCUUCGUGUCUUUUCCAUCAUCCAUGCCCUUCACUCAGUCCGCGCCAAACACCACCUCUCAUGGAUCAUUCGCCCAGCCAAGGUUUGAAAGCACGGAAAAUCAAAACCAAUACGCUGGUGAAGGAGCGACAAUGUCAGGGGGAGGUGGUUCUGUUGAUUCACCACCUGGGUCGCGGUCGAAAGGCAGGAGGUCACCAAAGAGGGACCGAGAGGGAAAGCUACUCGAAUGA